GAAACGACUAAAUGCUGGCUCGCCGCUAUAAUAAUGAUCGCCCGUUUUGGACUAUUUCUCUGCUUAUUAUUCGUAGCCAUACCAUUAGUCUUCGUGACUCGUCCGAGAAACCAUCACUCGGCCCUCAAGAGGCUCGACAGCCAUUACAAAGAGGACGAUGGCGAUAAAGCUGCUCGAGCAAAGUUACUUUGGGAUCUCAUUUUAACAAGAACCAAAGUCAGACACAAAGAGAGCAGGCAGCCUCGUCCUUUGCGAAAGAGUUUGCAGGUGUACACUGUUCCACUUAAAGUUGGUCUUUGCAAAGACCAGCAUCCAUUAUGUGGCUCCUACGCGUUAAACGGACUUUGUGAUUGGCCUGGACUCUUCCAAGACCUCCGCGACAUCCAUGAGACAUGCGCACUUUCAUGUGGAUACUGCAAAAAGAACGUACGAAAUGGGGAGGUAGAUUUUGUUGGAGCUAACUGGAAUAAUCCAUGAUCCCUUUGUGGUUCGGGUUUUUUUCCUUAGACUAGAAACACAAUGUAAGGGCUGAACGACGUCUACUAUGGCCGAGCCAAUCGGAUUGAUAUGUUUUAAUCUUAGCACCAUAAACCUAGGACGAGUUUCUUGAGACUCCAGUAAUUGUUAUCCUAACUGUGUGACCAAAGACAGCUCAGGCAAUCUUGGUAGUAUCUAAUUUUUUCCUCAUUGUCCACAUUGUAGUU